GCUUGUCCUCUUUUCCCGUCUCCUCUCUGCCAUCCGAAAUCCACCCACUUUCCCCGAGGGGGAGACCGUCUGAAACAAGAGUUUGCAGCGCUCGCUCAGAAAGCCACCCUUUUUCGCUUGAUCUGCUGUACUGUAUUUUCCCACUCGGGGAGAAGACAAGGCAGGCACGUUGCGAGACAAGAGGAAGACGUGUCUGCGGACUUUCAGGCAGAUGUGCCUACGAUAUCCAGAUCGCCAUGGCAACGGGAAGGAAGUUGAUGAGAGCUAUUAGGGUUUUUGAAUUUGGCGGGCCUGAAGUGCUUAAACUCCAGUCAGAUGUUGCAGUGCCGAUCCCAAAAGAAAAUCAGGUUCUAAUCAGAGUCCAUGCGUGUGGCGUCAACCCAGUGGAGACGUAUAUUCGCUCAGGGACCUACAGUAGAAAGCCAACCUUGCCUUAUACUCCUGGCACAGAUGUGGCCGGUGUGAUAGAAGCUGUCGGAGAAGGGGUGACCGCGUUCCAGAAAGGGGACAGAGUUUUCACUUCGAGUACCAUCUCGGGGGGCUACGCGGAGUAUGCUGUAGCUUCAGAUGAUACUGUUUUCUCCCUGCCUGAUCAGCUGGACUUUAAGCAAGGAGCAGCUAUUGGUAUUCCAUAUUUUACAGCCUACCGUGCUCUCUUCCACAGGGCUCACGCCAAGCCAGGAGAAAGUGUGCUAGUUCAUGGGGCUAGUGGAGGAGUGGGACUAGCAGCAUGCCAAAUUGCCCGAGCUUACGGCUUAAAGGUUUUAGGCACAGCUGGUACUGAGGAGGGACGGAGUAUUGUUUCGGGAAAUGGAGCCCAUGAAGUGUUUAAUCACAGAGAGACUAAUUAUAUUGAUAAAAUUAAGGCAUCUGUUGGAGAAAAAGGAGUAAACGUAAUCAUCGAGAUGUUAUCGAACGUCAAUCUCAGUAAUGAUUUGUCACUUCUGUCCUAUGGAGGAAGGGUCAUAGUGGUGGGCAGCAGGGGUCCCGUUGAAAUAAAUCCCAGGGACACCAUGGUAAAAGAAUCAAGCAUAAUUGGGACCGCUCUAUUUUCAUCCACCAAGGAGGACAUCCGGGGAUCUGCGGCCGCUCUCCAAGCGGGCAUGGAAACGGGUUGGUUGAAACCUGUCGUCGGCCCUCAGUACCCACUGGAAAAAGCCGCUCAGGCGCAUGAAAGCAUCAUUCACAGCAAUGGGGCUUCCGGCAAGAUGAUUCUUCUCCUGUGAUACGUUCUUCAGUGCGUAACUGCUCUGCCGUUACAUUUUUAUAGUGCUGCUUACACCCUUUUUUUGCUUGAAUAUGCCUUCAUAUUACUCAGUUUAGAACUCUGAUUCAGGCUGGAAGAUGGCUUUUUCUUUCCUUCUCUAGAUUAAAAUCUAAAGUGAUUUCUCCCCACCUUUUCCUUGUCCGUGCCAGGAGUAGUGGGCCUUUAUAUAUGAAGUGAGGAGGAAGGCUGAUACAGGUUAUAGGUGGCUAGAUAUUAUUGUUGAUGUGCACUAGUAGAUAGUGGGAUGGGAGAGAGGGCGUAUGGGAGACCGUUGAGGUACCCUGGGAUCGGGUCAAACCAGACGACUAAGCUUUGUAAUCAGUCGGUUGUCUUUAUUGAGCACCUGCUGUAUGCAGAGCACUGUACUAAGCGCUUGGGAGAGUACACUGUAACAACAGAACAGACACAUUCCCUGCCCACAAUGAGCCUUUUCCCACCCUAGAGCCAAGCACUGAACCCCCACCCAGGCUUUCGAGAAUUCCACAGGCCGGAGUAGGUUAUACCUCCCUUGGGCCAUUACCUGUAGUUGGGAGAAUCCCCAAGAAUUCGGAGACAUGAUUCCUGCCCUCAAGAAGCUUUUCUCUUUUGCGCAGGCUUGACCCUGUCCUGGAUCCAUUCCCCGAGAGAUCCAGAGACACCCAGAACUACAUGUGAGGGUAACCUAGAUGCCCAAAUCAUCCAGCGCUUAGAACAGUGCUUGGCACAUAGUAAGUGCUUAAGGAUGCCAUUAUUAUUAUUAAUAUUCAAUUCCAUCAGGCAGGGGUGCCCCCAGCGAAAUCUCUAAAAUAUACAGGUUGUCUAACUUCUCAGUAGCAAUGGGUUCAUUUUUGGUUUUGAAUAGGUUUGGUCUUCAGAUUUUAGAGCCUUAAGAAAAGAUACAUUCAAGAUUUGCCUUAACAGAAAAAAAAAAAGUGUUCUUAUUCCCGUGUUUUGGAAAAUCUGUGCUGUGACACAUGGACAAAUCUGCUAUAAAUUCUACCGCAAAUUAGAAAAAGCAGUGACAGGUUUGUGCGUAGGAAAGGUCCACCGCCCAGAUGACUAGGAGAAAUUUUUAGAAUUGGCCAUGAACAGAAAUGUAGCUAAUACGGAAUUACUCAAGUGUACUGCCAAGUGAUAGCGGAGCUUAAAGAGGAGCCAUCUCCACUUGAGAAAGCAGAGUUUCUUUCCAUCUCCUCUUUGGUUGAAUGCUCAUCCUUUGGGAAUUAAUUUUUUUGGGUCAUUUCCAAUUGACCCUCAAGUUAAAGUUCUGUUCUAUGACAGAGAGUGUUUCCUUAACCGCGUAAUUCUUCUACGUUAGGAGCCUUGAUCCAAACUGAGUCGAGAAAAUGUUGCUUAGAAAUGUUACAGGGCCAAGGUUUAUCUCCAAAGGGAUGAAUUUCAUCCUUUAUGAAAAAUGGCCCUGAGUUCAUUUGCCCCGCACCAUUCUUCAUUCUGACCUACUUUUUAUCUGUCCGCUCAGUGCAAUUUUCUGGUACGAUCGUUAAACCCCGGCUAAGCGCUGACAGGGCCGCACUGCUGAUUUGUGUAAUUGAAGGUGUCACGGACAAAUGGUCACGUAUGGCUAUUUCUGAGGCAUUUACACUUGUACUUGGUGGGUUUUUUUAAAAAAUGUUCCAGGAAAUUUCCCUAAUAGGUUAAUUUUACAGUGAGGGUCGAUGCUGCGUGUCCAAACGUAGCGGUCCUUUUACAAGGGAUAAAAGAAUAUUACUACGAUACGGGGAAUGUAUGUCCUGCCAGGACCAGAACUAGGGAUUUCUCUUUAAUGAAGAAAUGUUAAUCAUGAGCAGCAUGGUAGCAGAGAGGAAUAAACCCUAGGGGCAUGACAAUUUUAAAGAUUUUCAAGCUUCAGUUAGGUUUCUCAGAAGCUCUUUUUAGCCUGUCUGGGGACUGUACCUUCUUCCUGCAAUGGGGAUGAUCAUCGAAAUACAUAACGAUUGAAUAACUAGGGUGGCAGGAUACUGUGAGAAAGGACGUCCUUGUAUCCAGAAAAAGAAUCAGUUUCGUAGGGUUCGGACCGUAGUUUACGAACCCAGAUUCUUCUCUAUCCCUUUUGUUUUCUUCCUCCACGAAGCUCUUUGAGGAUGUGAGCUCACACACAAGUAAAAGCAAAGCGAUUUGAAGUAGGCAAGCUGCACAUCGGAGUUGGUGUGCUUGUGGUUAGGAGAGCUUUUCAAAAUACCAGAGUCGGUAGAAUCAUAAUUAACCGAGUUAAGGGCCUCACAAGAUAGACGCGCACCUCGGAAAGGGCCAUAUGCUGACAUUUUCUAAGCACCGAUAAGAGACACCCCAUUUUCCUGCUGAGGAACCAGGGAUAUGACUCUAAUUAGAUGUUUGGAAAUCUUCCCGCUCUGAAAAAUGUUUCCUGCAGGAUGUGGAGGGCCCCAGAAGAGAUACACGACAGCGUGGCAGCUUGCGGCGGGGGUUUUGAGGAAAACAGCUCACCUCUCGUGGGUAGACCCUGAAACUAGCCCAAGUUCAGUUUCAUUCACCAGAAAAUGAAGAGGGAUCAAAGAUUCUUACUGACAGGAAGAUCAAUCCUGACGAGGCCGAUUUUAUAAUCACAGUAGACAGUCCAACCUCCAAAUCUCCUUGUGCUGAACUCCUGAAAAUGAAAUAAUUUUCCAAGUAAAAUAAUAGAUUCAGUUCUGCUGAAUAGCACUGUUGCUCGAAGACUGGGUAAAAAACAAGUAACUGUAGAAGUUAUUUUUAAGAUUUCCAAGUGAGUACCACGUUUGUGGUGUCUGAUAGAAAUCUUGGGAACAAAUAUGUUGCUUGUAUUAAAUUACACCCCAAAGUAAUUGUAUGUGUACACAUUUAUAAUUAGGUAGUAUGUGAGCUGUGUUCUAACUAACUUUGAAUUGUUCAUUAUAGGCAUGGGAUAUGUCAGAUCGGGUUAUUUGUAUAAAUACCAAAUGGGUUUUAUUGGAUUUUUUUCUUGAUUAAUUUCCUUGUUCUUUUUUUCCUCCGAUAAUAAAGUAGAAUAUUCCAGUA